GGCGCGCCGGCGUGUCCUGCCGUAGCCAUGGGCGCGCAGCCGCCGAACUUCUCGUGGGUGCUCCCAGGCCGGCUGGCGGGGCUGGCGCUGCCGCGGCUCCCCGCGCACUACCAGUUCCUGCUGGACCAGGGCGUGCGGCACCUGGUGUCCCUGACGGAGCGCGGGCCCCCGCACGGCGACAGCUGCCCCGGCCUCACGCUGCACCGGCUGCGCAUCCCUGACUUCUGCCCGCCGGCCCCCGAGCAGAUCGACCGCUUCGUGCGCAUCGUGGACGAGGCCAGCGCGCGCGGCGAGGCAGUAGGGGUGCACUGCGCCCUGGGCUUCGGGCGCACUGGCACCAUGCUUGCCUGCUACCUGGUGAAGGAGCGGGGUCUGGCCGCGGGGGAUGCCAUCGCUGAAAUCCGGCGCCUCCGACCUGGCUCCAUCGAGACCUACGAGCAGGAGAAAGCCGUCUUCCAGUUCUACCAGCGGACUAAAUAAAGGGCCUCAGCUCCGGUCUGCGCCCCAGGCCCUGACCCCCGUGUUCAGGGGC